AUGGCGAGUUUUGACUUAAGCGGCACCUACCAAUCGCCUCAGUUCUCUGGAGGCGAUGGCGGGGUGGCGCCCAGCGGCCAAAUCGAACAGUCUGCAAGUCUGCAGGGACUCCGAAAUACAUUGGACGAGCCAGUCAUGGAGACCAUCAUGAGAGAUCUCAGGUCGAUUGGAACCAAGCUGAAGUACGUUAUGCUGCCGAGAGCACGCGCCGACAAAGGCAGCGGUUUGCGGGAGUGGGACCUGUGGGGUCCGUUGGUUCUCUGUUUAGCUUUGGGCAUCAUGCUGUCUAUGCGAGCAGACCAGGCCAGCUUGGCUUUUGCCCUGGUCUUCGUGAUCGUGUGGGUAGGCUCAGGCAUCGUGACCCUGAAUGCAGUUCUCCUCAAAGGCAAGAUCUCUUUCUUCCAGUCGGUCUGUGUCUUGGGCUACUGCAUCUUCCCGCUGGUCAUAGCUGCCUUCUGCUCCUUGCUUCUCCAAGUCAUAUGGCUGAAGGUCAUCUUCGUUUGUGUAGGCUUUACAUGGGCCACCGGUGCCUCGGUGGCCUUCAUGUCGGAGCUCCUGCCUGAGGAUCGGAAGGCCUUGGGAGUCUAUCCCGUCUGGUUGUUCUACGUGGCCAUCGCAUGGCUCAUCCUGAUUUCCUGA